UCAAGGAAGGUUGGCAGAACACUUUUCGCCUGUUUGGAAUCGCUUCAAUUUUAAUAUUCUCUGCACCAAAUAAUUGCAUUCGACUGUGUUUUUUCGUGCUUUGGAAUUUCAUGAAGGAUUGUGCUCAUUAAAGAGUGUUGUAGCAACGCUGGAUAUGUGGAAGAUUGUAUAUUAGCAUCAUAAAUUCGAAUUAAACUGAAAACGUAAAGGAAUUUGUUAAUUGAAGGAAGUCCAGAGAAGGAAACUUAUAAAUCUCUAUUUGUUUACUGAUGUCAGUGAUGACACAUUUUAUUGAAAAUUUCAUUUGAUGCUAAAUGACAGCGUAAGAAGUAUGAGAAGUUUUUUAUAAAGAUAGUUCACAUCAGAUAUACGCCAGACAGGACAAAUCCAAACUUUGGCCAUUAUCCUAAGGCGCACGCCUGUGGCAGGGGGAGGAGAGGAAGUGAGGUGAAGGAUGAACACAGAUAUUGAGAAAGGUCAAAAAGAUAACUCCGAAAAAGAUCCCAAAAAGGAUGAUAAGACAGACGACACUGAUUUAAAGAAAGAUCCUGACGCCGAAGAACCAGCAGAAGAUUCACCUCUCAAAGGCAAAGAAGGUACCAUGGAAAACGACGCAAACGCGCCAUCUGGUGAGAAAUCAGGAGCUAAAGAGGGCGCCAAAGGCCUCAGAGAGUGGCUUUCUAAAUCUAGAGUGAAAUGGUGGAUAGCGAUCUUGGUGGCCAUCGUUUUAUUAACCGUUGUUCUGGUGGGAACACUUCUUGCUGUUGAGGAUGAUGAUUAUGACUUUCCAGACACUAGUAUAAGGCUGGUGAAGUUAUGGCCUCGUCCAAACAAGCCCAGAAACGUCAUUAAUUUUGUGCACGGAUCUCUUCCUGUGGAAGGUCGUGUAUGGCCCGAACUGACCAAGCAGUUGGAUGACUUGCUUUCCCGAUAUACACCAACGGCUAACAGAAGCAGAAACGUCGUGGAAUGCUUUGGCGGGGUUCAAAUCGAAGAUAACAAGGUGUGUAAAUUCGAUAUCCGACCCUUGAUGUUGGAAUGCAGCAAAUCGAUGAAUUAUGGAUAUGAUCAAGGCAAGCCCUGCAUCUUUUUGGAAUUCAACAACAUCACCGAUUGGGUACCAGAACCUUACACUGCCCGAGAGCUGGAAAAUUAUGUCGAACUUUCUGAUCGCAGCGGUGUCGCUAACAUGGUAUAUCUGGAUUGCCAAGGGGAUUCGUUGAUCGAUCAAGAAAACAUGGGGAGAAUCCAAUACACACCAGAUCGUGGCUUCUCAACAAAAUAUUUUCCUUAUCGUGGGCACCCGGAAUAUAUGUCUCCAAUAGUUGGAAUAAGAUUCACUAAUCCAGCCGUUGGUGUGGCAAUAUCAGUCACGUGCAAGCUAUGGGCUAAAAACAUAAAUCACACAGAUGAAGCUGUACCGAGUGGGCAGAUAUCAUUUAAUUUGUUAGUGGAUUGAGACAUUCAGUGCAGUGCGGUAGUUAAACUCUUGCAAAAAGAAUAUAGACAACUAAUCCGUUUCCUGUUACCCUUUGCUGGAUAUGAAAUGUUCGCAAGUACAUUGAAAAUAAUUGGUUUUGCUCUGUGCCAAACUAAAAUGAAAAUGUGUGUGAUCGUUUACCAUAAUUUGAUGUUACAAAAGAGAGAGUGUAUUAAUGAAAAUCUAACUUCCAGUACGUGAAGGACACGUAUUUUUGUCCUCUACUGAUAAAACUUAAAAUGGCCAUAGAGGAUAAAUGACUCAGUGUCUAAAUGUGUUGUUGUUUAUAUGUAACGUUCAUUGUGUUCCAAGAACCCAAGAACCCAUGAUGUCGAUGGUUUAAAAUAUUUCCCAAACAUUCUGGGUUGAGUUGAUAUCCAGAUUUACCUUCAGACCUAUGGAUCUACUCCUUUUCAUUACAAAAUAGUGUAAGACUUGUACACAAAUUACACUAAAUGCGCAGGCAAGAAGAUUUCUUGGGACAAUUAUAUGCAUCGCAACAAAAAGUGGGAUUAAGUAAAUAUGGCAAUACUCACGGCCAACUGUGUUCAGAUAUCCUAAGCAUGUACUUUGUUUACUUUUUACCAUAGUUAGAAAUCUCUGGUUCAUUUUUUUAAUUCCAGUCACAUCUCAAUGUCCUAUUCUCAUUUUAAAUUGCUCUUUUUAAUUAGAUUGGAAUAGGUUAUUAAAUUUGUUUAGACUAUCACGUCAUAAUUUAAAACGCUAUUGUGUUUAAUGAACUGUAAUUUAAAAAUGAGUAAUUUCUUUUAUUAUUGUUAUAUAAUACUUUCAUGUUAAUAGUUUUAUUUUGUAUUUAUAUAAAGGGAUCUUUUUUAUUCUUGAAAGAAGUAUAUUUUAAAGAUUGGUAAUAAGUAAAUUUUCAUUUUUAUUUAAUUCAUCAUUGAAUUCACGUAAAAAUCAGAGAUCAGUUAUUCAAAAUGUUUUCCUGUAUUUAAACUCGACACCUUUUUGUAAUUUUUUUUUUUUUUUUUGUAAUUUUUUCUUUUCUUUUUAUCACCACAAAAAAGAUUUAUUAUUAUCUUUAAGACAAUAAAUUAAAAUUAAUUUAUUUUAUCGAAAAUUUAAAAAAAAUAAAUUGCACUUUCUUAUAUUGUCUGGAUACACUAACUUCUGUUUCUGAAUACAAUAAAAGUUCAGAAAUUGUCGACACGUGGUAUCAAAUUUUAGAACUCCCGCUAAAGUCAAUUAUUGGUGAGAUUUUUUCACGACGACUGGUGUAGUUUGCAAUUGUUAUUAUAGUUAAUGAUAUUACACCUGCUUUGCUCAAAACGAGAUGUUGAAUGUAAUUUUAGAAAUGUUAUGGAAUCAAAUUUUUAUAGAAUUAUCCAUUCGAACACUUAACCGAUAAGAGAUUUUUCGAAAAUCAUACUUAUCGUAAAAUUAUUUCAAGAAGCUCUCAAAAUGGACCAAAAGAUUAAAUAGUUUAAAUGUAAGUAUUUAAAAAUAUAAUUAAAUUCGCUCAAGUCUUCAAAAAAUCUUGUUGAAAUUUUCUCAUAACAUAAUAAAUCAUUCUUUUAUUUUCAUUUGAAAACUCCUUUAUUUAUUUCUCUCCAUACUUUGAAUUAUUUAAUUUUAACAUCCCAAUUCAAUUUGAAAAUACAGAUAUUAGCAUGUAUUUAUAGUAAUUUACUCAUAAAACAAGAUACAUUGUUCAUUGUUACACUAAGUUUAGUUAAUAAUAUUUUUUGUUUAAUUAAUUUUUUUAGUUAAUAAUAUUAUUUUAUUAUUAUCAAUGAUAAGUUCUUAUCUUGUUUCAAGACUGUUGAGUGUAUCGUGUACAUAAAAUUCACUUGUUCUUUUUAAAGAUAUUAUUGUAGUACUGGCUUCAAGGAAAAUUGUCUUUUAAACAAACUGGUGAUAUUUGUUGUGAAUUCCCGAGUUAAAUUUUCGAGUAUUUAGGAAGAUGUUUCGACACUUGAUUCUCUGGCAUUGUUAUAGUUUUUGUUAUUAGAAUUAGAUAUUUGUGAAAUUUAACACACUUGUGUAAAAUGUACAAAAUACAAAGCUUAUACAAACUGCAUUUGCGCAACUGUUCUCUAAACUCAAGUGAAUGUUUCAGUUUUAUAGUGUCAGAAGAAUGUUUAUUUAAGUUUCAAAAUAAACAUUCACUGUGUUUAUCUUUAUGUAGUGUGAUAUGCAUGUCCUGAAUAUAUACUAGCUUUAUAGGCAGCAGGAAGAUGAUGUGAUGUGCACUGUGAAUACGAGAGAAAAUUGUGCAUUUAUAAAAUCAGGCCUUUUUGCUGCAAAAAAGAAUUAUCUCAAAGAUUUUUUUUUAAAUCUAAGCAAAAAGAUAUCAAUAUUACAAAGAAAACUUCUACACAAAGAAUGAUAGACAAUUGAUAAUAUUUUUAAUAUGUAUACCGAAAUUGAAUGCAAAGUUUUACUAUCCUAGUAGAAUUUCCAAUAUGUUAUACUUCCGAUUUGUAUUAUCAUUCUAAAUUAUUCUUAAACUAUGAACUGUUGAAUGUAUCAGCAAUUUAACGGACAGGAGGCAAAUAGUUACCUAGACAAUAUUAGAUAUAUAUUCUUUACACUUAACGGUUGAAGAGUUUGAAAGCACAAAUUUCUCUGUAAAUUCAAAAAUCUGUUCGAAUCAUUUCAACCGAAGCUCUAGUCUUUGUUGUACAAAUCUGUUUUUGAUGGUUGUAAAUUUUAGAACACCAACGCUCGUCCCAGAGUUUUUGCUUAUUAUAUAAAUUAAAAGUGUGUCUGUAUAGCUAAAAAAGAACCGUAUUUUAUCAAAGCUAUUGUUAUAGUCAUUAUAUUAAUGUAAAUAUCAGCACUGCAUCCGUGUGUUUUACAGAUGUAUUUUUGUUGCGGUUUCUGAUUUCUACAUUUCAACUAGAAAGAAAGACGACCGACAGCAAUUUUUGAAAUAUUUCUGCUUCAUGGAGUGAAUUCAUUUAAAUUCUUUAUGACAGUAGAUUUGCAAUUGAAAUGACUUGUUUAGAAAUAAUUUAUCGUAUGAUAGUUAUUUAUCUGAUUUCGAUUUUUCUGUAAUGAUUAUUCCAUCUAAAUAAUUUUUUCGUUGUUAUCUAAUAAAAAUCGAAUAUGUUUAAGACUUAUCGUCGCACAAAGGAUUGUAUCAUUUUUUUUCUUUAAGGAAUGUAUUUGUAUGUUUUAUGAGAAUAUAAUGAAUUCUCAAAGUAGUGAAUGUUAAGGUAGCCGACUACGUUCGAAGCAAUAUUUUUGAAAAAUUGGAUUUUUUUAAAACUAUUUAUGGUUUUUAGAUGUAUUGUCAAUUAUAAACACUAUAUAUACAAAAAAAUUAGUUGGAAAUAUAAUAUAUUUUGAGAAAUAGGAAAAUUUGUAGUAAAUUUUAAUGAAAUUUAACCUAAACGGUUAACACUCGACACAAAAUUGUAAUGCAGCAAUCCUAUUUUUCUUUGUACACACGUUAUAGAAUAUAAUGAUGAAUGAAAUGAACCAAAAUCUAAGAAACAUUUUGGGAUGCAAAGAAAUUAUGGGUAAAAAUGUACGUAUAUAUACAUUUUUUUCCAUAAAUUUACAAUUUAAUUUUUCUGAAAACACCUAUAAAUGAAAAAGUAUUUCACCAACAAUAAAACUUUUAGUUCAUUUCAUUGCCCACAGUAUUUAAAACACACGCUGAAAUUUUUAUGUAAAUAUCUCUAUUAGUUUUUGAGAUAUCAUGUUAACGGUGGAUAAUUUUUAUAAAAAUUAAAGUUUUAGAAAAUUGAAGUUAAAAAAAUAUUUUAGCUAAAAAAUUGUUUAAAAUUAUCCUGGAUGAUAGAUCAGACCUUCCUUUUCCUAGAAGAUACUAUUUUGGAAAGAGGAAAGCCUGAACUACAAGAAAUAAUAAUAAAAGAAGAAUUCGCCAAUGUGGUCGAAAACCAGUGUUUUUAACGUAGUCGGACCCUAUAAGUUAAACAUUAUUCUACGUAAUAAUUUCAUUUAUGUUUUCUAUCUAUAACACUCAUUUUCUUCUUAAAUUAUUAUAUUUUUAAACAUUGUUUUUAAGUCAUAUUUAAAUUCUAAUUAUUAUGGAUUCAUUUGUCAUCAACAGAAAAAUUUCACUUAACAGGUCGUAAUAUAUUUCGUAUGCCUCUAGUCCCCGCUCAUUGAGCUAAGCUUUCUGUCAUUCUGUGUU